GACGCACCCCCACAGCGGUACCGGAGCGAGCAAUCACAGCAUUUGCGCUGACAUGGCCCGCUUGCGCGGCAUCAUCUCGCUGGACAUGCGUGAUGCGCGAUGAUGGAAUGCCCACGUCUCAACAUGACAGUGAGCGACGUUGCCAUCCACUGGAUGCCCUUGAUUGAGUCGAUGGAGCAGAGUGUUGGUGACAUUGGCAAGGUGCUGCUCGUGGCGGGACAGAGCGAAUGCUUUCAAAAAGUAGGCCUUCAGCUGAAGAGAGGAAGGGGGACGCUGCUCCGGCACAAGGAUGAUGGUGACAUGAGCUUCAUGUCUGCCGAAGAGAAUGAACUCUUUGACCCAGUGCGUGUGACGCACUGCCCCGAGAUGCCGCUGCACCAUCGCACUGCCAAUGGCGGUCCUGAUGUCAGGGAUCACCGCACGGCAUAUCCAUCGAUCCUCUUCGCACGUGCCCAUCGUUCAAGGCCGCCCUUGCCAGCCAUCGACCGCGCCAUCCGAACCGCCAUCCAUGACGGCCGUACAGCACCGAUGACCUGUCCAAGGCUUGCCUCUUCGUUCCAAGCACAGACGUACCGUGCUGGUGUGAAGAUUACAUGCACGACAAGUACUCUGACAACAUUGAGUCGAUUCAUCCCACUUGCGUAUUGGAAUGAGGGCCGCAACCACAUCCUGUUUGAGUACAGCGACGCACCAUGUCUCCCCUGGGAUGCAGAACACGGCAUUCUUGCAAAGGUUGGCCUAAGUGCAUUCCACCACCGUGAUGGCCUCGACGUGUCCAUGUCACUCUUCUCCAUGGUGACAUUCAUUCAUUCACACCGGAGCAGCGACGCGUUCCGCCCGCGCAAACAGGAUAUACCUCGUCACCUUCAGGUCUGCGCACUACCAAGUCUGCUCGCUCUGAUGCCAUGCGCAACCACCUCCCCAAGCUGCACAAUGGCAGGUGUAGUGUGCUGCGCGUGCGAUGUGUUUUUUGUUAUCGUGUUCCGUGUGUGUGUCGUGCGGGGAAGGUUGGACAUGACCCCUCAGAGGAAGAGUUCAACAAGUAGUUCAACGAGUACACGUACACGGAGACCAAGUUUGGGCUCAUCAUCGUGGCUGCGGGUGCCCUCCCCGUCAUUGUCGUCGAUGAGGAGGGGGGGAGUGUUAUGUAUGUAUGUAUUUGUGUGUGUGCGCAUGUGUGUUUCAGCCUAUGCAUUCGCCGAACACAUGGUCCUCAACUGUGGUCUUCCGAGGAUCCUGCGGUCGAUCUCAGAUGAGGUGGUGGAGAUGAUGCGGAGACGCGUUGUGUUUGUGUUUGAGGAGUUCUUCAAGUCUCUCUCUACCCAAGUGCACACGGCGCUGCUGGAGUCUGCCAGGAUCAACCUGUUCAGCGGUGACAACGCGUGGCAGAGGGCCCUUGAGCCAGCAGCUGUCACCCCUCCAUCAACCACCACUGCUCUGGCGGGAUGAACAGACGGGCGCUGCCAUGUGAUGACCAUUCAGCCACGCUUGUGCGGCUGUGGAAGCAGCAGCACCAACUCACACC